GGCUGGGAAAACUGUUACGUCACACGUGUAUCCGGUUUGUGUGGAUCUAAAUGUCGAAGACAUUUUGUCUCUGAUCUCUUCUAAUUUCGCUUUCUUUCUUAUUUUAAAAGCGAAUAUAAAUUAGUUUCUUCUUAUCUCAUCAAACAUCAGCACAUAAAAUGAAAAGAUACAUUCAAGUUUGUUGAUUUUGGAAGUGAUACAUUUGGUUAGAUAUUAGCCAUGGAUUUUAGAGAUGUCCCUUUUGUCUAUGUGCCCUAUGAAGUAAGAGUAAAACUGCUGAACUUAGAUAUACCAAGCAGUGGUUAUGGAAAUAACUGGAAGUUUUUGGCUGGACAACUUGGCUUCAGUGGCAAUCAAGUUUUAUCUUUAGAGACAAAGAAGUCAUCUCAUGGAAGUAACACAUUAAAAUUAUUUGAAGAAUACUCUAAGGAUCUAUCCAAUACUGUUGGGAAACUUAUUGAAGCAUUGAAACAAAUUAAAAGACCCCGUGAAAGUAAUGAACUUGAAGGCGCAGAAAAACAAAUUCUCCAGGCAUAUGAUGUUUCUAAAAUUUCUACAUUUGGAUUGUCCCUGGAAUCUGAAGACAAGUCAAGUCAGUAUAUUUACAAUUCACAAAAUGAUGCAAAGUCUAACAAUUUAGAUACUUAUUACUCAAAUUUUGAUGCAGUUACCAGCAUCUCAGGAUACCAACACAUUUCCCUAAAAUCAUCCUCAUAUUAUCAGAAAACUUCCGACUACUACUCUCGGCACAAUUCUGUUAAAAAUUCUUCAAAGUAUUUUCAUGAAGAUUUAGAUAAUGAAAGCAGUUCAAGUUCACUUCUUCAGAAAAAUUCAGGAAAAUAUUCAAGUGUGGAUUUAAAAGUGACUUUGCCAUCAAAAAAAUUUGGAAAUAUUCGCCUCUUCAUUUCUUAUCCUGAUGGAGAAAAAUCCUUUCUACAUCAUGUACUCAGUCUCUGUCAGCAUCUUGAUCUACUGUUUCAUUGUAAUGUUGACUUGAAGAAUCAUCGUUUAAGUAAGCAGAAAGUGAAGGAUUAUUUUCAACAUGCUGACUUUGUGCUAGUUUGCUGUAACAAUGAAUAUAAAAAAUCUGUGGAAAGUCAAUCAAAUUUAAUUAACGAUGACAACCCUCAAGCACUUCAUACAAAACUAAUAUAUGACAACAUGUAUAAACUAUCUACAUCAGGCAGAAGCAUUGAUCAUUUCAUACCAGUGGUCCUAAAAGGUUGUACUGUUUCAGAUAUACCUGAUUGGUUGACAAAAAAUAACGUCUUCAUUUGGCCAAGUCAGAAAACGGAUAUUAUUUCAUACAUCACAUCUAAAAAACAACUUUUAUUAUAACUGAAAUUUUUUUGAUGGCCAUGUGUUUUGUUAUGUACAUAAAUUUUUUAUGAAAUUAUAUUUCUACUACACUGUAUUUACAUAUAGAUGUGCAGAAUAAAAUGUACUUAUAUUCUUGUU